AUGCAUAAUCUCUGUGAGCAUGCAUCGCACAAAGCACAAAAUGUAACAAGAAGAGCUACAAAUGGGUCAGAUCAGGUACAAGCUAUAAGUUCUCAUACACGUUCUUUGUUCUGGUUGGCUUUGAAGAGAACAUCUAAAAGAGAUUCUUUUAUUUUUUUGAAUCAUCAAUUAAAUGUAAUUGGAUUGUGGACUAUGCAGCAACUGAAUUGA